ACUACUUUCUUUAUAAGCAGCCGCUCUGAGCCUGAAAUGGCAGUCUCCACUGCCUUGCUGUGGCUUCAAGAUGGAAAUCUGCAGGACACCCUACAGUCACCUAAUCUCUCUCCUUGUCUUCUUUCUGUUCCAUUCAGAGGCAGCCUGCACCCCUUCUAGGAGAAGACUCUGCAAGAUGCAAGCCUUCAGAAUCUGGGAUAUAAACCAGAAGACCUUCUACCUGAGGAACAACCAACUAAUUGCUGGAUACUUGCAAGGACCAAAUACUAAAUUAGAAGAAAAGAUAGACAUGGUGCCUAUUGAUCUUCAUAGUGUGCUCUUGGGGCUCCAUGGGGGGAAGCUGUUCCUGUCUUGUGUCAAGUCUGGCAAUGACAUCAAGCUUCAGUUGGAGGAAAUUAGCAUCACUGACCUGAGCAGGAACAAGGAGCAGGAGAAGCGCUUCACCUUCAUCCGCUCAGAGAAAGGCCCCACCACCAGCUUUGAGUCGGCUGCCUGCCCUGGCUGGUUUCUGUGCACAGCAUUAGAGGCUGACCAGCCUGUUGGCCUCACCAACACUCCUGAAGAGUCCAUCAAAAUCACAAAGUUUUACUUCCAGGAGGACCAGUAGUACUUCCCAGACCUAUUCUUUCCCACUCCGAGGCCAUCAGUGACUCCAGGGGCUGCCUCCUCAUCUUGGCCAUUGUUGAGGUCUGAAGAACAGGGAGGACAGUGUUGGGAAGCAGAAGAGCCCUGGUGACCUCCACACUGCCUCCAGAAUGAUCUUUCAAGUUGGGUCAUGACAAUUUGCUCAAAGCCCUUUCCUGUUGCUUCUGCACUUUGGGUCAAGUCUAGAACUCUUGGUGGCCUAGACGUCCUCUGCUCCACUUGCUUUCCUUGUCCUCAACUGUCCUGUACAUCCAUGACUCAGAUCUGUUGGGUCAUCUGCCAGCCCCUUUCAAAUGGCUCCCUCACCCUCUUUUACCAACCUGUGGUGAUCCAUAGGGAAGUGUUUUGGUUCUUAUUCUUGGUCGUUGUUUGUUUUUGCUGCUUGGGAUUCAAUCAGGGCCUCAUGCAUGCUAAGUAUGUGCUUUGUCACCAAGCUACACCUGCAACUCAGGGGGAAGUUUUUAAGGACCUCAUGAUUAUUUUUAUUAAGCCAGCCUGAUUCAGUGGGAAGACAAGUUCUUCACGUGGAAAUUAUGUCUUAUUUUCUUUUCUUUUGGUUUUUUUGUUUGUUUGGAUACAGGGUUCCUGACCAGCCUGGGAUUUGCUACGUAGACCAGACUGGCCUCGAUCUCACCGAGAUUUGCCUGCCUCUGCCUCCUGAGUGCUGGAACUAAAGGUGUGCGCUACCACACCUGGCAGAGUUUGACUUUUCUGAGAGGGACUGGAAUGAGAUGGGAUUGCAUUUGUAAAGUGAUAGUGAGCAUGGGAAAGUAGGUAGUGAUUUUCCCCUUCUUUUUCAAUGCCCCCCAAAUUGUAAAACUUAAGUUAGUGGACUGUUUGUCUCUAUCAUCUUUUUUCCUUUCCAGAACUUUCCCAGGCUUUCCCUGCUCUGUCUGGCCCAAGUACCACAGUGUCCACGCCAGACCUCUCACAGCUGCCUGCAGAAGUUUCCCACUCUGCACUAUGCAAAUGUGGCCCCCAAGCCCUUUCAGAUAUGGUGAGGGAUGGAUCCACAAAUUACUUCUUGACUGUUUUAUCACUUCCAACCCUGAAACUUGUGUGGAAGUAGCUGUGUCUCUGUCUCCUCCGCUAGACUGUGAGUUCCGAAGAACAAGGAGUGUUACUUGUGUGUGUUUUGGGUCGCUGCAAGGCUGAUCACCCGCAUUGGCCCUUAGCAGGAACUAAAUGUGUGUUGUAUGUGCUGGGUGGAAACUUUCUUACUCCCCCCUGUGACUUUAGCUCUAUUUUACAAUAAAACAUUGAAAAUGUC